GUCAAAACGUGGUUUCAGAAUCGCAGAGCCAAAUGGAGGCGUCUAAAGCAGGAGAACCCCCAGGCUACCAAAAAAGAAGUGGAAGGUGCUGACAGUCACAGUGACCAAAGGCCAGAGAGCUGCCCGACCCCUGAGCAGAAGAGUAAGGAGGUCUCCCUGGACGGCUCGCAGUACACCCCCUCACCAGCCUCACAGGAGGACCUGGAGUCAGAUGUCUCUGACGACUCUGAUCAAGAAGUGGACAUUGAAGGCGAUAAAGGCUAUUACAAUCCUACCCACUAA